AUGGCACCUUUUGGUAGAUUCACUACUGAAAUUUUGAUGGCAGUGAUGAUCGUGAGUAUGUUUUGUGUGACCAACAUUGUGGCACAGGAUUCAGAGAUUGCUCCUACAGGGCAAUUGGAGGCUGGAGCUGGAUUUGCUUUGCCUGUUUCUGAGGUGAUCAUGUGUUCUUCUGUGCUGGCAUCUCUUGUGGCAUUCAUGUUGCAUGAUCCCAAUGUAACAUUGCACAAAUUGAUGAAUUGGCUAACACUGGUUAACACAGCAGCACAAAGCUACCCUUUCUUUCAACUGUUAAACAUUGAAAAGAAAGAGUGA